AUGGCAGUGGCGAAUCUCUGGUUGGCCGGUGGCCAAGCUGUAGCGACGGCGCCCCAAUUGAAGCCCUUCUGUUGCCUUGAUUCCUCAUCCAGGAAACCCAUCAACAGCAGUUUCGGCUUCGUGGGUUUGAAUACUUUUCUCCACCAUAGUAGCUCCAUGUCUAGAGUCCGCAAGAAUUUCACGAAUUUACGGAGUUGCCGCUGUGGCGACGAUAUCAUUAAUGCGGAAAGUAGCACUUCUGCUGAUGUUUGUUCUUCUUCUUACUCUUCUCAGGACUGGGAUUGGAAUAGGUGGGGCCGUCACUUUGCUGAGAUUGAACAAGCUGAGAGCUUUGCCUCUGUUCUCAAGAUUCAACUGGAAGAAGCAAUUGAUAAGGAAGACUUCCAGGAAGCAUCAAAGUUGAAGAAGGUUAUUGCUGAAGCUACUUCAAUGGAUAGUGUUGCUGAAAUUAUGUUCGAACUCGAGAAUGCAAUUGACGAAGAGCGCUACCAUGACACUUCAAAAUUAUGUAAACACACUGGAAGCGGAUUGGUUGUAAAAGUUGUUGAUUGCUGCAGGGAGUUGGUCAAUGCAUCUUCUGGUACUCUAUUGUUCAAGAUAUUUGUCGUCAAAGAUCGUGGUGAAAAAUAUGUGAUGCAAGUACUUUGUUUGCGAACCAAAACAAGUUCGAUGAGUUCCACAACCUCCCCACCUAAAUCUGUAAAGCCCUCUAUGGCUGAGGUGGAAAGUGUAUCUGAUGGAGAUGGGGAGCAAAAUGAGGUUAAAGAAGAGCCAACUGAUGAAAAGGGUGUAAAUAUCGAAGGAGAUACUGAGGAAGGAAUUAAAUGUGUGAUAAACUUUCUUAAAGAUAAAAUUCCAGGGAUGAAAGUGAAAGUCAUGAACCUUAAUGUUACUGGAGAAGUGGCGGCGGAAGAUGUUGAUUCUUUGAAGCAGUUGAUUAAAGAUGAGGAUGAAAAGACAGUGUCUAAUGAAGAUUCUGAAGAUGAAUCUGAGAAGUUAGAAGAGAGUCAGACCGAUGGAGUUUCCUUAGCGAGUAGUAGUGACUCCUCAGAGGAUGGAAAGGAUCUUGAUAUGAAACUCUUUAUUGGUGGAGUGGUGCAUAAUAAUGAGGAUACUCCUUCCAAGGAUGACUUCUCCCGUGUGCCGGCUGAGAUCAAAGAUGUCGAGAAAGAUUCUUUCGUUCUACACAUCCCUGAGAGAAUCUUAGACUAUGAGAAUGUAGACAGUAAGCUAUCCAAGUUGGAAGUGGAAGCAAUUGCAGCCAAAGGCGUUUCUGAACUUAUGCCUCCAGAUGUAGGGAAGGCAUUUUGGGGUGUCGAUAAAGUUUCUUCAAAGUUUUCCAGGAAUGUGCGUGAAAUAUUCAAACUUGCUGUAGAGUUCUUCGAGUAUAUUGAGGUCGUGAAGCUGACUGGGGAUCUUAAUGUUCCUGCUGGCCAGGUUACGUUUCGUGCCAAAAUUGGGAAAGGGAGUCGCAAUUCCAAUCGUGGGAUGUAUCCUGAUGAAUUAGGAGUGGUUGCGAGUUAUAACGGUGAAGGGAGAAUAGCAGAGUUCGGGUUUAAGAACCUGAAAUGGAUCGAAGGGGAACUUCUCAAACUGAAUGGAAAGGGAACCGGACCAUAUGUGAAAGGUGCAGAUCUUGGAUUCCUGUAUGUAGUCCUAGAGCAAAGCUUCUUGGUGUUGUUCAACCAUUUGAGAUUACCAGAAUAA